AUGGUUCGGUUCAGUCUGGCCAUCGUGGCCGCAGUCAUUGCCCCCGUGGUCUCGUCAGUUCAGAUCACGGUGAAGUCCUCGGGCGGAAACGCAACAACACGGCACCAAUAUGGCUUCCUCCACGAAGACAUCAGCAACUCGGGCGACGGGGGUCUCUAUGCGGAGCUGAUCCGCAACCGGGCCUUCCAGUCCAGCGAGCGGUUCCCGGCAAACCUGAGCGGCUGGACUCCCGUCAACGGUGCCGCGCUGUCCUUGAAGACACUGGACAAGCCUCUCUCCCGCGCUCUGAAAACGUCUAUGAACGUUGCCGUCGGUUCGUCCAAGGGCCAAGUCGGCUUCUCCAACGACGGAUACUGGGGGAUGGACGUCAAGAAGAAGAAGACUUACACCGGCUCCUUCUGGGUCAAGGGUGACUAUAAGGGGACCUUCACGGCGUCGCUGAGGUCCAACCUCACCGGCGAGGUGUUCGGCAGCACUGAGCUCCGUUCCAAGGCCAGAGCAGCUGAAUGGACCGAGCACAGCUUUAAGCUGGUCCCGACAAAGAGCGCGCCAAAUUCAAACAACACAUUCACGCUGACCUUUGAUGCUGCCGGCGUCAAGGGCGGAUCGCUGGAUUUCAACCUGAUCAGUCUCUUCCCGCCGACUUACAAGGGCCGCAAGAAUGGGCUCCGGAUCGAUCUCGCCGAGGCAAUUGAGGGCUUUCACCCUACGCUGCUUCGUAUUCCCGGCGGUAACAUGCUUGAGGGCUACACCAACAAGACAUGGUGGGACUGGAAAGAGACCAUUGGGCCUCUCGAGGAUCGUCCCGGCUACCCCAACGUCUGGGGCUAUCAGCAGACCAACGGCCUGGGACUGAUGGAGUAUCUCGAGCUCGCAGAGGACAUGAACUUGGAGAUUGUCCUCGCCGUCUACGCCGGUCUCUCACUCAACGGAGACAUCACGCCGCAAGACCAGCUGCAGCCCUUCAUCGACGACGCUCUCGACCAGAUCGAGUUUGUGAGCGGCGCGCCCACGACCAAGUGGGGAUCGGUCCGCGCCAAGCUCGGCCACCCUGCGCCGUUCAAGCUGCGCUACGUCGAGGUGGGCAACGAGGACUGGCUGGCCGGAGGCGCCGCCGGCUGGGAGUCGUACAAGGCGUACCGCUUCCCCAUGUUCCUCAAGGCCAUAAACGCCAGGUAUUCCGACAUCCAGGUCAUCUCGUCGGGAUCGGUUUUUGACGGCUACGAUAUCCCCGCCCCGGGCAACGGCGACUACCACAUCUACGGAACCCCCGACGCCAUGGUCGACCAGUUCGACCUCUUCGACCAGACCCCCGUCACACACAUCAUCGGCGAGGCAGCUGCCGUUCACCCGAAUGGCGGCUCAGGCUGGGAUGGCGGUCUCAUGGAGUACCCGUUCUGGAUCGGCACCGUGGGCGAAGCCAUCUCGCUGCUGGGCUAUGAGCGCAACACGGAUAGAAUCAUUGGCGCGGCUUACGCCCCGAUCAUUCGCAGCCUGGACCGGUGGCAAUGGGCGGUCACCAUGAUCCAGUUCGCCGCCGACCCAGCUCUGACGACCAAGUCGGCGAGCUGGUAUGUCUGGGAGCUCUUCGCAGACCACCUCAUGACACACACCCUUCCCGUUGCGUCCGAGUCGUCUGCCUUCAACCCUCUGUACUACGUGACGGGCAAGAACGAAGACAAGGGCAGCUACAUCUUCAAGGGCGCCGUGUACAACUCGACCGACGGCGCCGACGUGCCCGUCUCGCUGGCCUUCGAGGGCGUCAAGCCCGGGACCAAGGCGGAGCUCACCGUCCUGACGGGGCCUGCGGACCCCUACGGCUACAACGACCCCUUCACCGGCGUCAACGUGGUGAAGACCACCCGGGAGAAGAUCACGGCUGGCAAGGGUGGGAGGUUUGAAUUUUCAAUGCCCAACCUGAGCGUGGCUGUCCUCGAAACGGUGCCCUCCAAGCAUCCGAAGCGGAAGACCAUGAGAAAUGGGUUUCGAGGGUGA